UCACCGGCCGGAUCGUCGCCUCAUCCGGUGGGGAUCGUAACAGCAAGAGUGUCCGCUUCGCCCUCCCCUCCUCGGCUCGUACAAUGUGAAGCUUCAACUGCCAACCAACUACAUCCAACCAACUCGAUGCGGCACCAUUCGCGUUACCGACAUCGCUGGAGUGGAAUCCGAUACCAUCAAGAGUGAGAUGUUCCUCGUACGCGAUCUGCUAUAUGAGACCAUCUACGACGAACUCAAGUCCGAUGCGAUGGAGCGUGCAGAAGACCCCCUCAUGCCCCCCCCCCCCCCUCCCUCUCCUGACUCAUACCCCUACAAUCAGCAUUUCUUCUAUGCAGACGAUCAACUGGUCCUCAACAAAGUGUUCACGAUGACCCCUUCCUCGCGACGCCUCAUCAAAGCACUGCUUGACCAUCGAUCCUUUACCAACAAGCCUUACGAACUCCUCACCGAGAUUAACCGCCGAGGACUCAACAGCCUGGCAAGGUACGAAGAGCUCAAGCAGAGGAGGUCCGAUACGGCAGUCGACGCAGCAGCGGGACGCGACACUAAGAUCACGGGUGCCGCCGAUCAUGUCAGUCGCACUCUGGAGACCCUCCAAGAGAGCAUGGCCACCCAGACACGGCUCAACGCUGAACGGGAACUUCGGAACGAUCAAAACAUGGCCCUGAUGAUGCUCGCUAAUUCUGAAUCCACACAGACGAUGGAGAAGAAGAACAGGGCUCAGAGGGCUGUUGAUCGUGCAGAUCAGAAUGUGGAACGUUGUGAGGAUCAGAUCCAAGCUACUGAGGAGAAGAUGGAGCUGUUGGAAGAUCAGAUCGAGGAGGCAAUGGAGAUGGGCCAGGAAGGCAAAGUCCGACGACUCGAACAGAGGCUUGUCAAACAGGCAGAAUCAUUGACAGCCCUUCGUGGUCGCAAGAGGAAACGUUCUGGCUUGGACAUACCCCUCCGACGUUGGACCCUCUCACUCAGAACGAUAGACGUAUCGCACACUCUGAAUCCGUCCGUCUCGCAAGCCGUAUAUAUGGCAUCUACCUGAAGCAUCGUAAACGGUUCCUGGAGUCGGAUAGGAGACUAGCUGAGGGCCUGGAGAAGUGCGAAGAGGAAGUCAGAGCCAAGCGAGUCAGGGACAUCGAGGGCGGAGAUGACGAUAUGGAGUUUGAACGGCGGGACGCUCUUGGGCAAGCGGGUCUAGCACAUGUCACGCGCGAUAUGCAAGGGGGAGAAGAGCUGGAGUGGAGGAGAAGGGGACUUUGGAGGGCGGGACCUGGUGACAUCCAGGGCCCGGGAUCAGACGUCGAUCUUUGAUCCGGAGU